UAUGUUCAAUCCUUCAAAGCACGAGAAAUAAGUAGCCAUUCCAAGCAAAUUAAAGAAACACACGCAUCCACAACCCAAUCUCAAAAACACCAACGGCCCUGAAAGAAAAUGUCUCUUGUUCCGAGCAGCAUUUUUGGUGGCCGAAGAACCAACAUCUUCGACCCAUUCUCUCUUGAUAUCUGGGACCCUUUCCAUGACUUCCCAUUUACAAGCACAGCCCUAGCAACUCCUCGGUCUGAAAUCGCCAAUGAGACAUCCGCGUUCGCGAACACACGCAUGAACUGGAAAGAAACACCUGAAGCUCAUGUUUUCAAGGCUGAUCUCCCAGGGCUAAAGAAAGAAGAAGUGAAGGCGGAGAUAGAGGAAGGUAAGGUUUUGCAAAUAAGGGGUGAAAGAAGCAAGGAGAAGGAAGAGAAGAACGAUAAGUGGCAUAGAGUGGAAAGAUCAAGUGGGAAGUUUAUGAGAAGGUUUAGAUUGCCAGAUAACGCUAAGAUUGAUCAGGUUAAAGCGAGCAUGGAGAAUGGAGUUUUGACUGUUACUGUUCCUAAAGAGGAGGUCAAGAAACCUGAUGUGAAGGCCAUUGAUAUCUCUGGCUAAAUAUAUUAUAUAUAG